AUGACACGGUUUUGUAAACGAGCACCAAAUCGAGACUUCCGUAAUAUUACCGAAACUGGAGAAAGAAAAGAAAAGAAAAUAAUAAAAAAGCUUUCUGUAAGUAGCCAAGAAAAGGAAGAAGUAAAUAAUAGUAAGAGGAUAAACGAAUCAGUAGAAGAACAGAAAGUCGAUGAAGAAACAGUGGCAGAAUCUAUGAUUAUGACGUGUGUCAAUGAUGAUGGGACAACAUCUAAUUACUUCGAUAAAAGAAAACUAAAGAUAGCACCUAGGUCAACCUUACAAUUCAAGAUUGGACCACCUUUCGAACUAUUUAGGAAAUACUAUAAAAUAUAUGACAAAACUACAGAUAAAAUUGUUGAUUUUCAUAUGAUCCCAAGAAUUGACAGAGGAUUUGACCAUAUCGAUAAUGAGUGGGUAGGCUAUAAGAGGAAUUAUUUUACUUUGGUGUCUGCCUUUGGAGUAGCUGAUUAUGGUUUGAAAGAAUUUUUAAAUGGAUCAUACCUUUUACAUUUACAGGAUAGCUUUAAUGAUGAACGAUUAGAUGUAGAAUAUUUUGCCAUGAUAAUUAAAGCUCGAAAUGAUGACGACUCGAAUGAAAUUCCGUUAGUCCAACAUACUGCCAAAAGAGAUAAGGGCCCUCAAUUUUCUCCGAAGAUAUGCCCCCUGAUUCCGUCUCAUCUCCCACAGCAUCAAAUUAUAAGGGAAGCUUCUAAUGUUCGAAACUCAGUAAAGAUGAAAAAAUAUGAUUCUACUUUUUAUUUCCAUAGAGAUAGAGAAAAAAAUCAGUUUUCAAAAAAUAGUUUAUUGUUUUCUUAUCCAAAGGACUGUAUCGAAAAAGUUGCACGUUAUGAAAGGGUACAGUUCUCAUCUUCAAUAAGUGUGAAAAAACCAAGUCAACAGAACAAGCAUUUUAGACUUCAUGUGAUAUUUGGAGCAGUAACUUGUUUGCCAUUUAUCAAUCAAUUUGAACGCCCUGAUUCAUUUGAUAAACUUACUAUGGAUGAUGGCCGACAAGGUUAUUUCAUACAACUUCAGGAGAUGCGAACGCCUCCACUAAUUAUUAGAGGCAGGUCUCCUUCGAAUUAUACUAAUCCAAAGCAGCAGCAUUUCCAAUCCCAGACUUCACAAAUCUUGUAUUCUAAUGGCUCAUCAAAGCAUUUAUCUCAAGACUUAGAGCAAGGAACACCAACGCUUGAGAAUCAUAUAAUGGUGAGCAAAGCUAAUAAAACGAAACCUCCAAAAAGACAGAAGACAAGAAAAUUAGCAUCCCCAAGUCCUCUAAUAUCGAAACCUGUAGAGUUUCGUAGACCAACCAAGAGAGAGUCAAAAGUUGUUACUUUACCUAAGAAUAUGAAUAAAGAUAAGAAAUCAUUUCCAAGGCCACAUAUUAGAGUUGAAACAAUAGAAAACAUUGAAAACAGAUUAUAUGCCGGUACGUCUUCGCAGUUAUCAGCAGCUGCGGAGAUUCAAAAUUUAUACUCUAAUAAUGGAUCACCGAAACUGGAGAGGCCAAAUCAAGAAAGACAUAUUUCAGUUGAUUUAAGAGAUAUUGAACUCAAGCCUUCAUAUACUCCCCUUUCGUUUCCUAUCCCUAUGGUAGAUAAGAAAGGUACCAUCAUGGACAAUAAGAAUUUUGAGAUUGAAUCAGGACCUAAAAUGUUAGUAGAACGUGAUUUGAAUAAAGAAAUCAAAAGCAAGAGAACUAUUCAAAACAAGAAUCAUUUACCAAAGUGUCGGGAACUUAGCAGGGAAGAUGUUACUUUAUCUAAUAUAUCGUCAUUUUCCUUUUUGUUUGAAAAAUCGGAUGUAACUGGAAAACCUCUUGCCCAAGAAAAAUCCGAAAUUAGUUUCAAUGUAAUACCAAGAUUAUCCGCGGGUAGUAGCGAGAGUAAUAAUCAACCAUUCAUUAAAGACAAAUCGAUGUCAUUUGAAAUGCCGAGGAUGUUACUAAAGGAGAAUAUGAAACUCAACCUUUGGAAUGCCUUUAAUAUUCUACCUUCAGAGAUUUUAAGUGCAGGCAACUUCCUAGAAGAUGAUAGUUUCUAUAACCACUAG